UCUUCCUCCAGUCUCACAGAUUCCCACGAGACACACACGAUGGACGCCCACGCGCUCCUCACAUCCCAAGGAUGGCGCGGGACCGGAAACUCGCUGCACCCAACCUCCAACACAAUCGGACUCUCUCGACCUCUCCUCGUCUCCAAGAAGCAGAACACUCUCGGCAUCGGCAAGAAACAGCACAAAACGAGCGAUAUGUGGUGGAUGAACGCCUUCGAUUCCUCGCUGAAAGGAUUGGAUACGACGAAAGAGGGCACAGUGGUGCAGACUGUUACAAGUGGAGGCCUGGAUAUGGUGAGCAAAGCGGGCGCGAAAUGGGUGGGCAGUAAAGGCGGGUUGUACGCGAGUUUUGUUCGCGGAGAGAGUUUGAGUGGGACGAUUACACCUGUGGAGAGUACGGAGAGUGAGGAGCCGGCUAAGAAGAAAAGGAGGAGAGAGGUAGAAAUGGGCGAGAAGGAGGAAGAGAGCAAGGAAGAACGAAGAGCUCGGAAAGCUACGAAACGUGCUGCUAAAGCUGCGGAGGACAAAUCUGAGGAGAGCCGAGAGAGCCCAGAUACAAAGGAAUCUAAGGAAGAGCGGAGGGCAAGAAAAGCUGCCAAGCGUGCUCUACUUGAGGAGGAAGCAAAAGCCUCGGAAUCUGCGUCGACAGAAGACACCGCGGAACAGGAUUCAGUCAAACCCGAGACGAAAGAGCAACGCAAAGAACGAAAACGGCUAAAGAAACUUGCACAGAAGGCUGAACAAGACACGGUGGAUACUGAGGAUUCAAAGAAGAAGAAGAAGAAGCGGAGAAAAGAAGAAUAGGUUAUACAUUUGGCAUCAGCGCGGCGUUCGGAGCGAUAUCAUGUCGAGUAUCUGUGCAUUUGCAGCGAUUAAAGCUAUAGAAUCUAAUCAUGGCUCUUUGGGUAUUUUGCCCGGCUUGUU